AUGGAAGUUGAAAAGAUCGUCAUCAAAAAUAAUCAUGGAGAAGGCAUUGCUGGGAUUCUCACCAGAAAAACUCAACAUGAUACAACCUGGCAUAAACCUCGAUUGAUCAUUAUUGCUCAUGGUGUACUUGACUUUCGGGGGAAUGGUGAAAGUGAAGGUGUGGCCGGUUACGCCAAUAUUGAAGAAGACGCAGACGAUAUUGCAACUGUAGCAUCACAUUUUGAACAACUGGGUUAUGAGUUGUUUGGCACUAUAGGCCAUUCUCGCGGGUCGUUGGCAUGUCUUCAAUAUGCUGCCAAAUGCACUAAGCCUCUUCCUCAUUGUGUCAAUAUUUCUGGGCGCUACAAGAUGAACGAUAAUCAAAUUCACCGGAACCGACCCGAGAUAGGAGAAGGGCUAAGGCGUCAGGGUUAUUUCAAUUGGACUGUGAGACAGCGUGACAAGAUAACAACUAUCAAGGUUACUGAGAAAGAAGUGAACAAGUUCAUCAACUGGGACAAUUCUUUUGUGACACAAAUCCCUAAAUUAACAUCAGUAUUGACUUGUCACGGAUUAAAAGACGAGAUUGUACCGCAUUACAAUGCUAUCAUGUUCUCAGAUCAAAUCCAGAACCACACGCUUACACUGAUUCCCGAUGCUGAUCACAACUAUAGAGGUCAAUUCGAAGAAAUUGUUGGGGUGGUCACUAACUACUUUGAGAAACAUGAGGAUAUUGUGACAGAUGGUGUGCCUAUAAGUUAG